UGGGUUCCGUCCGCCUUCCUUUCCAUCGCCUCUCCCUUCCUCCUCUCGUCUCCGCCUCCUCGGCCGCUCUGCUCCUUGGCGUGACUCGGCACUGAGAGCCCCGGGAGAAGACGCGGCGGUCUCCACCUCUACUGUCCAGGCCUCGGCCUGUUCCCUUCCUCUCCCGGGUCUUCUUUUCCUUCAGUUUCGAAGCCGGUGGCGUCGCGGCCGCCCUGCUGGGCUCUCUGUGAAGAUGGUAGGAGUGAAGCCGGUCGGAAGCGACCCGGAUUUCCAGCCGGAGCUGAGCGGCGCAGGCUCCAGACUCACCGUGGUCAAGUUCACCAUGAGAGGGUGUGGACCAUGUUUGAGGAUUGCCCCAGCAUUCAGUUCUAUGAGUAACAAAUAUCCACAGGCUGUUUUCUUGGAAGUAGAUGUACAUCAAUGUCAGGGAACAGCUGCCACCAACAAUAUAUCAGCAACGCCUACAUUUCUGUUUUUUCGAAACAAAGUGAGAAUUGAUCAGUAUCAAGGAGCAGAUGCUGUGGGAUUAGAAGAAAAAAUCAAGCAACACUUAGAAAAUGACCCUGGAAGCAAUGAGGACACAGAUAUUCCAAAAGGCUAUAUGGAUUUAAUGCCUUUCAUUAACAAAGCUGGUUGUGAAUGUCUUAAUGAAAGUGAUGAGCAUGGAUUUGAUAACUGUUUAAGAAAAGACCUGACCUUCUUGGAAUCUGACUGUGAUGAACAGCUACUUAUUACUGUGGCAUUCAAUCAGCCUGUUAAGCUUUAUUCCAUGAAAUUUCAAGGACCAGAUAACGGUCAGGGUCCUAAAUAUGUAAAAAUUUUUAUCAACCUACCCCGAUCUAUGGAUUUUGAAGAGGCAGAAAGAAGUGAACCAACUCAAGCUCUGGAGCUGUCAGAAGAUGAUAUUAAAGAAGAUGGCAUUGUCCCGCUUCGUUAUGUUAAGUUUCAGAAUGUUAACAGUGUAACUAUAUUUGUUCAGUCCAAUCAAGGUGAAGAAGAAACAACAAGAAUUUCAUAUUUUACUUUUAUUGGUACUCCAGUCCAGGCAACAAAUAUGAAUGACUUCAAACGAGUAGUUGGCAAAAAAGGAGAAAGCCACUAAGGUACAAAAGACACUGGAAGACCAUAUUGCAAUCAGAUCUACAGCUCCUGGAUAAUUGCUUGAUUCUCGCCAGAGACUGUCAAUGUUUCAUUCAUUGCCAUUACCAAUAAAUCAUUGCUUUUGUUCAGACAGUAUCAAUAGUGUGUUUCUCUUGUAAUCUUGAUACCUGCAGUUGUAAAUAAAAGUCACUACUUUUGCCAAGCUUAAUUUUUGUCAUCCUAAAUAAGUAUUUUUGCUUUCCAUUUAUUUGAAAAUUGGCCAGCUUCUGAUUUUAGAAGAGACUUAAGUGUCUGGUAAUAUAUUGAUCGAAAGCCAAUUUCUCUCUUUAGAGAAGCAAAACUGUCUUAGGGAAUUAAGGGGUGUGUGUGAAUAUGCACACACACACACACACAGAGCAAGUGAUUUUGAUAAGUGGAUUUGGAACAGCUAACCCAUGUUCAAGUGUGUACUGACUCUUAUUUUUAUUAAAGGACAUUUGGGUAUCUCGGCUAUAGAAAUUACUCACAUUAUAGACUACCAGAAAUAAACGUUUAAUGAGAUUUAACUACUAUUUCCUUAAAUUUAGUUAAUGGAUCCACAAACUCUCAUACCAAGAUUUUAAUCCUUUCUACAUAAACUUUAAAAUUUGAGUCAGCUGUUUUCUUUACUAAUAGAAGAAUGUUGAAAUCAGACAAUUGGAAAAAAUAUAGUAUAAUGAAUUCGUGAAAAAUAGGAAUUGUUGUCUUUAACCAAGUAUUUAUUAUCUGAACUACCAAAACAUGCAGUGUAAAUAUGCAGAGAACAUGACUGAAGGUUGAAAAUGAGUUGAUCAAAUGUAUAUGUUUAAAACGCUGGCAAAACACCUGUUCUUUACUGUGCUUUUUUUUUUUUUUUUUUAAUCUUAAAAUUGUAAUCUAGAAAGUAUUGGUAAAUUUAAUUUUUAAAUUUCUGAAUAUUUUUAAAAUUCAAUAUUUUAAAAGAGAACAUAAGACUGUAUAAAUUGUGAUUCAGUUAAUAAAUUUCAAGGGCAUUCUUGUCUAGGGAUGCAGUAGACAUACUGUUUGCCUUCGGGAGACUAGUGUAUUUAUACAUGUUUAUGAAAAAAUUCUGCAGAAAUUUUAGUGUUGAAAUAGUCAUUUUCUGAAACCCGAGUAUCAUUAGGUGAUGUUUAAUUCAUUUGUAUGUGAGCACAUUAACUGGUCUGUGGUGAUGUCUGUAUCUAAUGUAUUUCACAGUUGUGUUGCCUUGGGUCAAGUGGAAGCAGAAGAGCAAGAAAUAAAAGUUUAUAACACUCCUUA